CGAUUCCAGACCCCGUACGUCGAUUUUCAAGGCUACUAGUGAUGGGUUUCGCAGGGCAAAAAAGAGCCAGGAGGUUUGAGCCUUUCAGCAACAUGGCUUGUUGCCUUCAGAUGCCAGAUAGCAAAGCCCUCAGCUUCCUGCAGGAGAGUACACAGCUGCUGUCCCAAGCAGAGCCAAUCAGCAAUAACCCAGGGAAGCCUCUGUGGCAGCUGGGCCGGGCUAUGCAUUCGAUCCACAGCAUCCGUGCACCUCAACGCAACUGUUUCCACGAUGCCCGUGGACCCCAGUGCAAUUGUUUCUCCUCUCCCCUAGUGCCUUUUGCUCCCACUGAUGCUCUGAAUCUCAUCAGCCUCCAUUGCUCCAGCCUUGGCUCAGAACCUCCAGAUCAGGUCAAGCCCCCAGAAGCUGGGAAGGUUGCUCAUGAGAGGUCUCCCAUUACCCACUCGAAAGGCCAUAGGAGUCACCAGGUGUGGAGAGCUUGUGUGGAAGAGCCCAGACUGACCCAAGUCUCUGAGUCACAGAGAGGCAGGAGGAGACUCUUCCGCAAGCAACCUAAACCCAGAAGGAGCUAUGAUGCUCUGGACCCAAAAUUCCAAGGAGUGACGCUUCACAUGAAAUUGUGUCUGUGUCAAAGCUGUUCAGAGGGCUGUCGCCUUAUCAUUAACCCCCAAUUCAGCAGUGGAAAACUUAGGAAAAAACGUGGAGUCCCAUUAGGAGAAGAGUGCAAAGCUGGCAGUUCGGAAGAGGAAGGAUUCGUCUCUACUCACAGAAAUAAGCGUUGUGCUUCCUGCAAGACUAGGAAGACACCAUUGUGGAGAGAUGCUGAAGAUGGAACCCCUCUCUGUAAUGCUUGUGGCAUUAGGUACAAAAAGUACAGAAUAAGAUGUUUUCACUGCUGGAGUAUUCCAAAGCAUGGUGGGAAACCUUACCCACAUUGUUCCAACUGUGGAGGGAAGCUGGGUGUGGUAGCUGCCCAGCAGAAACAUGGAAAAAGAUAUGGCAAUUUUGUAAAAAUUUGCAAUUAA